CCUAGCCCUGAUUUUAGAUCCUUGAGCGAGAGUGAAGAGAGAGAGAGAGAGAGAGAGAUUAGAAUGGGGGAUUCUGAGGCGUUGGUUCGUUGCUUGAAUCCAGUGAUUCUCAACCUGCAGAAGAUGGAAUUGGAGCUCAAAUGUCCUGCUUGCUUAAAGUUGUUGGAUCUGCCAAUAAUGCUACCUUGCAGUCACAUUUUUUGCAGUCACUGCAUUCCUACUUUAAUAAAAAGUGGAAGUGAAUGCCCUUCUUGCAAAUUAUCUUUUCUUAAUCAAGAAAAUAUUGCAGAUCUUCGACCUGCUGGCCAUGUAAAGUCACUGAUAAUCAUUUACAAUGAUAUGAAGUCUGCGGUAGCUGCUAACUUUCCUCAGCAAAAGUCUGAAGAUAGAAAUUUUGACAAAAAAGUGCCCACGAGUGAAGGUCCAUCAUCAGACAACAAUUAUGUUAUAGAUAUAUCACAAAGAGAAUUAAUGCACAACAUGGUCAGAGAAAAAUUAUCUGAUCCGCAGCUGUAUACAUCUAACACAAUGACACCAAGAGAAGGAAAGUCAAACGGACCCCCAAUGCAAAGAUCUGGGGAAGAAGCAUUAAUUGAUGGAGGAGAACAGUGUAGCCCUCCGUCUUUUGGCAGCAUUAAGGAUUCAGAUUGUGACAACAGUGAUAAUGGAAGGCAACAUCAAAUCAAGAGAUCCAUUCUCACGGUCAAAGAGAAAGAAGUUGGAAAUGAGCCUAGAGAGCAUGUUGAGACUGGCAGGCCUAAGAGGCAGAAGUUAAACAGUGAGAGUGAUGCUGGAGAUAAAGUUGGAAUAGGCUCUGUGGAGUUUGCAACACCAAACCCUGAUUGUGAACAUAAGCACAGCGACUGCUCUGACACCCAUCCAUUGGAGACUUCUAAAGGUUUAAGUGCAAACAGAACUGUGGAAUGCAUGUUCUGUCAUUCCUUUAAAACCACUGAGGCUUCAGGAAAGAUGCUACAUUUGUUAAAUGGGGAAGGAGUAGGUUUGGAUCAAGCUACACACCCCAAUGUCAUGAAUGUGCAUGAGAAAUGCAUUGAAUGGGCACCCCAAGUAUAUUUCUCGGGCGAGACUGUAAAAAAUUUGAAAAGUGAAUUAGCUCGUGCUUCGAAGAUCAAAUGUACCAGCUGUGGUUUGAAAGGGGCUGCUCUUGGUUGUUAUGUGAAGAGCUGCAAGAGAAGCUAUCAUGCUCCCUGUGCAUAUAACAUCCUAGAGUGCCGCUGGGAUUGUGAAAAUUACCUUGUUCUUUGUCCUGCUCAUGCUUCACAUAAGUUGCCGUGUGACAAAUCAAAGAAAAAAUCUAAGAGCAAUGGAAAACAAUCCCCAGACCCUUCUGGUACAUCAGGAGAUCUGUCUUCAUCAUCAACACCAGAGCAUGGAAAUUUGACAUCAUCAUCUAUCUGGGAUAGACAUUGGGUUUUCUGUGGGUCUGCUCUUUCUAAGGAAGAGAAGGGUCUUGUGGAGAAACUUGGCAGGAUUAGUGAAUCAGAUGUAACUAAUAUGUGGAAGCCAACUGUAACACAUGUCAUUGCCUCUGUCGAUGAAAAUGGUGGAUGCAGCAGAACCUUGAAGUUUCUCAUGGCUAUUUUAACUGGGAAAUGGGUUCUGACUAUAGAGUGGGUUAAAGCUUGCAUCCAGGCUGGGCAUCCUGUUCCUGAAGAGCCCUAUGAAGUCACUCAUGAUGUCCAUGGUUGCUUUGAUGGGCCUAAAAUUGGGAGAAGUCGAGCCAUGGAAAAGGCGCCAAAACUAUUUGAUGGAAUAAGCUUCUACAUUGCCGAUGAUUUCCAGCAACCCGCCUUAAAGAAAUACAUUGAAGAUCUCAUUAAUGCUGGUGAUGGUGAACUGUUACAGAAGAGUGGACUUGUGACCAUCCGAGAAGCCAUUUUAGACUGCGAUAGUGAUACUAUUGUACAACAUUACUUCAACCUUCCGAAAGUUUUCGUUCAUAGUGCUGAACCUCCAGCUACGACCGAAUCUGGAGAUUUCAAUGACGUUCUGAAGCAGAGGUCUGCCGAGGGUGAAGCUUGGGCGCGUGAUAUUGGUGGACAUGUCCUUAGUCAUACUUCUCUUCUGGAUAGCGUAGCCGCCUGCCAUUUUGAUGUGAAUCGAUUGUGUUGAAGUUCGUUGGAAGAGGACCAUAGUAGCUCUAUUUGCCUAACAGCAUCCUAAAAUUGGUUAUUUUUGGGGGGGUUUUCCAAUGUCAUCGUAGCGGUUAAUCUAAGUCAACGAAUUGGAUGUAUUUAUCCACUUGUAUUAUUUUUGCUGGGGUUUUCUUGAGAUGAUUUUAAGCCUGUAGUUCAUUACAGAUAAACAUGCUGUUGGUAUUCUUGACAAUACCAAAACCAAUAAUUUCAGAUGUUCCUCAA